AUGGAUCUUACGCCCAUUAAAGUCCCCGGCAAACGGAAGAGGGAUUGCAGUCAAUCCGCUCUCGCAGCCAGAAAGGCGCUGAAUAGGAAACCAGGGCGGCCGCUCAAAAUUGCAGAAAAUGUCGUCUCUGACAAUCCAGUUGAAGCCAUGAAGCCUGUCCAAGUGUCAAAACAGAGGACUUUGAAAAAAAUCAAGUCGAAACGGAAAAUGUCACCUUUGGAAAAACUGCCGACGGAACUGCUCGAGCGGGUCUUCCGCUUCUGUCUGAAUCUGGAAUUACCCAGAUCCAGUCCUAUUAUCGGUGCAAAGCUAAGCAGUAGCACGAUUCUCAACUGGACUGUACAUGCGUCUUUCGGACCGUGUUGGGAAAAGUGGUAUGGGAGGGAGAAAGUGGAUGGGAGGCUGGAGUUUGGUGAUGAGGAGGGGAAGGAAGAUCACUCCGAGUUACAGAGUGCGGUAUUGAGAUGUCGUUGGGCGACCCUACCCGUCCUGUUGAAAGCACAAGAUCUUUGGAUAGAGAAAUGUGCAAAGGACAGGGUUUUCAUACCCCUCUCCGAGCCAGAUUUCCUUCAAGACCUAAAUCCGGUAUCAGAAGAAGAAAAGGAAGGCCAAAAUGAUCAAGAACGUUCUGGAAAUACACCACCACCAACGCCAGUGCCCCCAACCACUCAAGAAGAGUACCUGAACAUCGACUACGCCGCCUUCGAGAAUACCAUCUUCUCUUCCACCGACGACAACUGGCCCUCCACAUCCUGGACCACCCACCCAUACCUCUCCCCCUCCGUUGAAAUCCCACACACGCUCCUUCUUGGCCCCUUCACGCCCCCCUCCCUAAAAAACCUCUUCUACCUGAUAAAAUCUGGCGCCAAACUCUCCUGGCACUCCUCCACCUCAGGCGAAGUCGCGCUCGAAGGGCUCCGCUCCGCCAUCCGCGCUGGCAGCGCUCCAGCAAUCCACUUGCUGCUCUGGAGCGGACUGCUUGAGAAUCUGGACGUGGAGAUGCUGUGUUGGGCGUUCAGGAACGCAGGCGGUGAAGGCGUGGGAGGGAAGUUAAGGACGGUUAAUCAGCUUUUGAGGCUAGGUUUUGAGGAUAUGGGGAUGAGGGAUGAGGGACGCGUGGAGAGGGAGUUGGCGGAUCUGAGAGAUGAGGCAAAAUUGGAAGGGGAUGAGGAGAAAGUGGAAUUCGUGAGGCGGUUAUUAGGCACGAGGACUUUGACGGGGAGGAUUCAUAUCGGCAUAUGA